UAGGAGAAUUGAUUGUGGGGAAUUUUUAUGUUUUUAAUUUUGCACCAAACAAAUGGGAAAUGGAGCUCUGAGUAAAAUGUCUUCUCGCAGUCGCACCUGACAUGAAUUUCAUGACCUGAUGAAGUCUCCCGGCUGAUUCAUUUCCAGAUUUCACCAGUAAAUUAAAAGUAACACAAGAAUGGGGCAUUGGAGAAUGGAUGGUUUGAAAUGUUUAUGUUUCUUAUUCUUGCAUCAAACAAGUGUUCGGUUGGCCAUGACUGCUUCGACCUAUAGUGCAUUGGCAGGUUCUGAUGUUCUCCUCUCUUGCACAUUUACUGUGAAUAACCCUCCAAAAUCUUUUCUUGUACAAUGGUACUUUGAAAAUAAAGAGAUUCUGAGUUUUGAUGGUAAAUUGAAGAGCUUCCGUUCACGGGUGUCAUUAAAUGAAGAAGCAGCAAUGGUUGGUGAUGUUUCUCUGAAUGUGUCCAAGGUGACCAUCUCUGAUGGAGGACUCUACAGGUGUUUGAUUGAUAGCUCUGAGAAAAAAGAAACAGAGAUUGUGCUAGAUGUUCAAGCACAGCCAAAGAUCACAAUACCUAACAAAGUCGUCUUUAAGGAUCAGGAAAACAUACUAAACUGCACAGUGACCGGUUUUUACCCACCAGACAUUGAUGUUAUUUGGCUUAUAGAUGGAAAGACUAUGCAGAAUUCACACCUAGGAAUACAGACUCAGAAUCCCGAUGAGACAUACGAUGUGAAUAGCACUGUGACAAUAAUACCUAAAGAGGGGGACAAAAAUAAGACCUUCUCCUGUAUAGUCCACCAUCCAACUCUUCAAAAGCCUAUUCAGGAAGACUUUCAGCUCAUUUACGGAGAUCAAUCAAAAACAAAUUAUUUACCAUUGAUAAUACCAUUGAUAAUAAUUGGUGGUAUAUUUGUUUUUGUGGUACUGGGAGUUGUGAUUGGAGUAUGGUUCAAGAGAACAAAAAACAGAAAAGAUCUGACACAUUUUCAGAUGACAAAUAUAAAACAUCCGGGUAAACUGAUUGAUGACGUAGAGGUCACAUUGAAGUGUACUGCACUGCAAAAUUUGUCUCAAACUGGAUUUGCUUCUCCUGGUAGAGAAGGUUUCUUUAUGACUUGGCUGGAGAAUAAAUCAGACAAUAAAAUGAGGAUUUUAAAUUCAUUAAAUGAAAAAAAAGAAAGGAAAAAACUGCUGAAUUUGUAUACGGUGACGCAACAAAAGGAAAUCCAAAAUGCAGCUCUGGUAAUAAAUACCAACCUAACAUUUACGCCUCGUGUAAUAACACACAAAGAUGUGAACCUUAUCUGCAGAACUAAAUGUGGUAACACAUUGAAAAGUGAACAAUAUUCCUGCUCCGAAAAUAUAUGUGCUAUACCUCAGUUUUCUGAACCUAUAAAAACAACACUUUGUGACUGGGGAGAUAUUCAAUUUACAUUAAAACUGGAAAGGUUUUAUCCCAAAGAUAUCCAAAUCAAAUGGAGAUGCUCUGAUCUCUACAAGACAGUAAAUCAUACACAGACAUUCAAUGAAGAUCCUUCAGAUUUCACCUUUUCCGUUCAAAGUGACUGUAAAAUUCCUGGGCAAUAUCUAAAAAAUCCAAACUGUAAAGUUUUUGUAACUUGGGAACACAAAUCUAUGGACAAUCCUGAAUCCAAAGAACUGGCUACUACAGAUAUUACUUGGAAACCUCAAAUAAUUGGAUUUUCUACUCACAAGCUGCCAGAUACCAACCAAGUAUCGGUGAAAUGUCAAAUCAUAAACUUUUUCCCUGAUGCACUAAAAGUGACCUGGUUCAGCAAAGGCAAAGGAAGCCAGGAACUUUCAGAUGGGGAUUCCUAUAAGAUCCCUAAUAUCACAGUAGAGAAGCAAUCGGAUAACACAUACAACUGUACAGCAUCUUUGGUUUUCACUCCGAACUCAGAACAGAAUGAAGAAUUCUUCUGCCAAUUGGAACAUCCAACUCUGAAACAGCCAAUAAAACAAUGCUCGGGACCACUAAAUAUAACAGGUUAAUUAAAAAAAAAACAAGUUUGGUAUAGUGUAAUUAUAAUAGAAAGGUAUCAAAUUAAGUUUACACAGUAGAGAAUGGGUUUACUUCUAAUAUUGCGGCCACACUGUGACCAACCUGUUAUUGAAGGGAAAGGAAGUUAAAAUUUAAAUAAAAUCAUUUCGUUAACUUAAUUCUUUAUUUUAGUCUGCAGAGGCUUAGAUACAAGGUAAUCACAGAGGUAAAAAGUGUAUUAAUAUAAUAGUGUUGGUUAUGCAAAACUGGGGAAAGGGUAAUAAAGGGAUUAUCUAUCGUCCAGAUUACGAGUUUUAAGGUAAGAGCGGCUCAGUACUAACUUGCAAGUUAUUUCCACCGCUCAACUUUAAUAGCGCUGCAAUUAUAGGUUUUCAUAAACCCGGCCUUAGCAGGCAAUAUUGCAGCAUUGAGCAAAGUUGAGCUCCAUACCGCACUCAAAUACCAGCGCUGCUUUGAGCUGGUUUUACGUGCUUGUGCACGAUUUCCCCAUAGACAUCAAUGGGGAGAGCCGGCUAAAAAAAAAGCCUAACACCUGCAAUAAAGGAGCGUAAAGCUCCGUAACUCAUCCCCAUUGAUUCCUAUGGGGGAAAAAAAUUAUGUUUACACCUAACACCCUAACAUAAACUCCGAGUCUAAACACCCCUAAUCUGCUGCCCCCGACAUCGCCGACACCUACAUUACACUUAUUAACCCCUAAUCUGCUGCCCCGACACCACCGCCAUCUACAUUAUACUUAUUAACCCCUAAUCUGCUGCCCCAAUGUCGUCGCUACCUACCUACAUUUGUUAACCCCUAAUCUGAUGUUAUUAACCCCUAAACCUAACCGUAAGUUUAACCCAGGCACCCCUAACUUUAAUAUAAUUAAAAUAAAUCUAAUUAAAUAUUACUAUCAUUAACUAAAAUCAGCUCUUUUACCUGUAAAAAAAAUGCAAACAAGCCCCAACAGUAAAACCCACCACCCACACAACCAAACCCCCCCGAAUAAAAUCUAAAAAAAAAACUAAGCUCCCCAUUGCCCUGAAAAGGGCAUUUGGAUGGGCAUUGCCCUUAAAAUGGCAUUUAGCUCUUUUUCUGCCCAAACCCUAAUCUAAAAAUAAAACCCACCCAAUAAACCCUUAAAAAAAACUAACACUAACCCCCGAAGAUCCACUUACAGUUUUUAAAGACUGGACAUGUAUCCUCAACGAAGCCGGCAGAAGUCUUCAUCCAAGCUGGCUGAAGUCUUCAUCCAGACAGCAUCUUCUAUCUUCAUCCAUCCAGCGCGGAGCAGCUCCAUCUUCAAGACAUCCAGCGCGGAGCAUCCUCUUCUUUCCACGGCUAACGAAGAAUGAAGGUUCCUUUAAGGGACAUCAUCCAAGAUGGUGUCCCUUGAAUUCCGAUUGGCUGAUAGAAUUCUAUCAGCCAAUCAGAAUUAAAGGUGAAAAAAUCCUAUUUCUCCCUGAGAGAGAAACGCGUUGAUGUGAAGUUGCAACUUAUAAGACAGAAUUUAUCUAUGUAGUUUGAGCUACACUGUUUAUACCACUUUGCUGGAACGGUGGUGCUUGUAAGAUCUUGUUGGAAGGAUUUGUGGAAUACCUAACAAGUUAGCACUACUGAUCAAUGCACCAGAAUCCACUUGCACUCUAAAGACCGCUGACCCAUUUUGCAGCGGGGCCGCUUUGAACUAAGACUGAUAUCUGUGCCAUCCACACACCUCCUCCUCAACAAGUACCCUGCGUGCUAUUAGGCAUUUGAGAGCGGUUACUUUGUUGUGUGGAAUUCUGCAUCUACAUUCCUUUUUUCCGGAGGACCGAAAGAGACCAAUAGGAUUGCCUCUUUGGGACAGCGCCCAUAAAAUUGACGUCAUCCGGCCACAUCUGUAAGCUUUUGACGGAGGCAUCUGAGUUACACACUGUCCGCGGUUAAGACUGUUACCAGGAGUUUACGAGAUAAUACCAGUACCUAUCCGGAUUUGCUUAUUUGCACAUACUCAAGUUUCUGACUGUUUUAAACUUUUAUGUGGUGGCAACCUUUCACCCCCUUUUUUAUAAAUGGAGACGUCCGUUUUUAGCAUAUAUUAUUAGGUUCUGAAACACAGUUUGUUUUUUCAUAUAUUGCAUCAUUAUUAAUAAAUUGUAGCAUAGCCAUUUAUUUUACACUUUUGUCUUUUUGUAUUUAUAAAUUUUAGUUUGUAAAUCCACCUUUAGCUAUAGCGCUCCUGCUUUCUUUUUAUGUAUAUAUCUUCUAUUGCUAACCUAUGUAAGGGACUCUUAGGUUUAACAGGAGUUUGGUGGCUACACCCUGCGCUCACUUAUUUUUUCCUUUUGGUUUAAAAGGCAUUGACAACUUUCAGCUUAAAGGCAUUGACAACUUUCAGCUUGCUGUAUCCUAUCAUUAAUAAAUCCAGCUCCUAUACAAGCUGUUAAAGGUCAGAAUACCCUUUACAACUAGUAUCACAAAUGUAAAACACACAUUCAAUAGAAUUUUAUAUGAAUCAUUAAAAUAUAUGUUGACAUUUAUAGCUCAUUUGGGGUUUACUCAGAAAUAAAAAUUAUUGGAUUACAGCAUUGUAUGUCUUACAUGCAGGGAAAGCAACAAUGAUAUAAAUGAUGUUCAAAUCAUUUGAAAAUAUGUCUCUGCACCAUAGAUGCAGUGAUUCAUCUCACAGCAGGGUUAUAUAUCAAAGUCUGCUGUCAAUACUAAAGCAUAUUUAUUUGCUGUGAACAGACCAGUGGUAAACAAAGCUAUAUAUAACUUAGGAGCCCAGGUAGAUUGUUGCUGCUAUGGCGACAAGACCAGCAUAUAAAUAUGCAGUACCAAAAAAAUAUAUAUAGAUACAACAAACCAGAAAGAAAUCAUAAACAUUACAGCACCCUGACAUCUGGUUCAGGUUUUAAAAAUGUUUCCUCUUUUGUCAUUCAAAUAUUGUGAAACUUUAUUCUAAUUUUAAAAAAACAAACCUGUCAAUAAUGUCUGCCUAUUUUGUAUUUUUUUUUAUUUUUUUAUUUAUUCAUUUUUAUUGUCAUUAUUUAGCAGCAUGCUACAAAAGGAUGUCAUUGUUGAUACAAAAGUUUAAACAGAAACAAAAGAGGGAGAAACCAUCAGUCUCCAAAAGAAAGGAGAACAAACUCCCGUAUAGUAAAAUGAAAUAGUAGAGCUAGACUGUCCGUGAUUAGUCCAUUUGAAAACAGUAGCCCCACUCCAUAUAAAUGCAUGGUGAUUGACAAUGGCACCAGUGUACAAAACAUAACUCAAACAACAACAAAACUAUGCCGAAAUUUCUUAAUUUAAGAUCACUUUGUAUAUAUUCUACACAUCUAGUGGUAUCCCUCGACUUUGUAUUUAAAGUGUAUGUAAAGUCACGCUUUAUGUAUUUUCUUAAUGUCUUUAUCUCUAAAAAUAAAGGUUAGUUUCAUUCAUCA